AUGGAUGCGUUGAAAAUGAUGAACGCACGGCUCGAACAGUUGUUGAAGACUCAAUUGAAGUGUGCCUCAUCGGCUGACCCCACGCCAGAUUCACCAGGACUUCCUCCAUCUAAAGAAACGAGGCCGGAAAAGUACGAGAAGAAGCGUCGACGUACGCCACCAGAUCUCACGUACAAUAGCACGUCAUUUUCUGCAAUUACCUCAAACUCAUCUCCAAUGCGCCGGCGAUCGCUACCACGUGUAACAAUCGACGAUGAGGCGACCGUCAUGCCUUCAAUCGUUGUAAAUCUCGUCAACGAGGAUGAAGGCGUUACAGGAAAGCAACGGCCACAUGCUCAGCUUCAUGACGAGUACACUACUAUUGCCGACACUAUUCGUAUUGACAGAAAUCUAUACAAUGAUGUUCCUCAUUUUCACUAUGAACCCGAACCGAUGUGUACAGAGGAGGAAAGUGAUGUUUUGGCUCAAGCUAAGGAAGACACAGUGGCGGAGAGUAGUUAA